AUGUCUGUUCUUGAAGCAGCUACUCAAUUAUCUUUUUGGGGACCAGUUGUGUUCUUUUGUAUUGGAGUUCCAGCAGCAUUAUUCAAUGUGAUUAUUUUUCUCGGAUUCAAAACAUUUCGAAAAUCUCCCAGUGUUUAUUAUGUUGUCGGUCAAUCAUUAUUCGAUGUAAGUGUUUUACUACUUGUUCUUCUUCCAGUCAUACCAUCAGUAUCUUUAUCUGUCUCUUCAACAUCUUGUAAAUUGGGGCUCUUCUUUGGUCAAGUAACAGUAUCUGGUGCAAUGAGUUUUCUUUGCUUGACUGCAUUUGAUCGUUGGGCAUGUACAUCUAGAUCAGCUAGAAUACGUCGAUUAAAUUCAAAUCGUAUUGCACGUUAUCUUGUUUUAUUCACAUUUCUUUUUUGGUCAUAG